AUGAAUUAACCAAUAUCGCUAAAUUGUCAAAAUCCUAAAAAAGGAUACUUGAUAUAAAGAGGAGUAAACAGAAAUACUGAGAAUGGAAAGGAGAGAUAGUCAUUCGCUGAGUAUGUAAACUCAUUAUCAGAAUCAUAAUAACAAUUACUUAGUCAUAACAAGUCUCCUAGAAAAGAAUCAAUACCUAAACGACAUCCAACUCUGCCAAAAUUAGAUUUGCCAUCUCCUGAUAUAAUGGGUAAAAGAUUUGUUGUAAAUGUUGGAAAAUGUCCUAUGAAUAAUAUCUAAUCUCUUAUUUGUAGACAUAGUGUGGUACAAUAAAAUUAAAAUUAAUUUCAUAACAUAUAAUCUGUUAGACAUAAUUCAUUUGAAACUAGAAAAUCAAUAAUUCCUUAAUCUAAAUUGUUCCCUAUUCACCGAACUUCUGUUAAUAACAUUAGUGGUAGAAGUGCUAGAGAUGAUGAUAUGAGUUUAUUCUAUAAUAAAAUAGGAGGAGCAGAAAUUGUUGAUUAAUUGAAUGAAGAAUUUCAUAGUUAUUCAAAAUAACAUGAAAUGAUCUAAAGUAUGUAAUCAAAACAUAUUUUUUAUAGAAAUUGAUGAUUUAGAAAGAUACAAAUAAAGAUUUAAGACUUUCUUGGAAUAUAUAUUUGGGAAACCAAUUUUUUAUAAUUUAGAAUAAUUAAAAGAAAAACAUAAAGAUUUAGGACUCAAAAAUAAAGACUUUAAUUAAUUCAAGAAUUAUUUAAUUGUAAUAAUUAUUUGAUAAAAUUUAGACAUGUUUCUUAAAAGUCAAUAAAGGUUAAUUAGAAUUUGUUUUUGAAUUCAGUUCAUUGAUUGAACAAUAUAGAUAUUGUAUAAUUAACAGUAAUACUCCAUUUGCCAUCAUUUAUAAUUAAAGGACAGAGAAAUUAAGUACAAAAGAUGUUCCUGAUGCAAUUUUGUAAUUAGCUUAGAAUAGUUAUCAAAAGAUUUUUCAGGAUAAUUCUUUAGCACCAUAUUUCAUUGGAAUUGAAAUCAAAUAGUAAGCUAGAAAAUUAGGAAAGAUUUUAUCUUAAUUAAUGUCGUGGGAAUAAACAAAUGACUAAGUAUUGAUCGAAAUGAGAACAUCCCAUAAAGGUAUGUAUCUCACUAAUGUUCAUUUUACUUUAUUUAAAUAGCAUUUAAUUGAAUCUAUGCGUUAAUUAAAUAUACAAGAAAAACAAAUAGAAUUAGUGACAUCUAGAAUGGAUGGUUAUAGAAGUUAUAUUAUUAAUCAAGAUUCUUUGCUUGAUUUUUAUGGAGAAUAAUCUUCAUUGUUAUAAGUCUAAUUAAAGAAAUAUGUUUAAUUAUUGUAAAAAGAUGUCAGAAUGUAAAACUAUCCUUCUAUUGCUUUGGAAAGGCACUCUUAAUUUAUAUUGAAAUAUCUCACUCAUUUACAUCUACCAACCCUUACAAGUAAUGAUUUAUGGACUAUUCAUGUCAAAUAUAAAAUUUCUAUCGAAUGGAUAGAUUCUUUUCGUGAUAACUUUUUUCAUCUUAUUAAAAGUCUCAAUUUAAAUGCAUUAAUCAUUUCAGAUUAUGAAGAUAUCUGGUAUAAAUUAAAAAAGAAUUUAACUUAAUAUCAUUCCAUUGAAAGUAGGAUUGGUAAAAAGAAAGUUGAUCUUGUUAUUGCUAAAGUUUAAAUGAAAUUGUAAGAAAAUGAAAAUUAUACAGAAUACUUUAAGAAUGCUAAUUACUAAAUGAAUUUGCAUCUUCAUAGAAUAAUUGCAUUUAUUAUGAAGGAUCAAAAAAUCUACAACUCCAAUGAUUUAAAGGUUAUUCAUUAAUCAUUGAAAAUUAGAGAAAGCACAUUUGAUCUUUUUGUUUAAUUUCUUAAAAAUGCCAUGUAAGAAGAAACUAUCAGUUCUAGCUUAAUUGCUAAGGCUGAAGAAAUUUGUAAUUAUUAUAAAAGGAGUAUAUGCACAUGAUGAUCACUUAAACUUACAC